ACAAAUAGCCAUCUCUGUGCCAUCAUUCUGAUAUCCAUCAGAGAUCACAAGUUCACGACGAUGGAGGACUCUCCGGUGCAACAGCACGUUUGAGACUGUGGAAGCGAAGAAGACGGGCGCAUCGAUGGCGAAGCGAUCUGAUUUUGCUCAGAAACUAUUGGAUGAUAUCAGAUUGAGGAAAGAGAAGUUGGGAUAUGCUGCAUCUUCAGGUCAGCCACCAUCUGCUGGUAAGUUAGAAUCCAGUAGCAAAAAUCUGGUCAGCACAGAAGUCACAGAAAUAUGGUUCAGCACCAUACAUAACAAAACAGCGGCUCCAAAAGUUGGUUCCCGGAAGAUUGUUCCUAUUGGAAGAGCCACAAACAGUCCGAAUUCUGUUGAUGCGUCCAUGGCGCUAGCAUUUGCACUCAGUAAUCGUGGAAAGCUUCAUUACACAGCUAAAUUUGGUAACGAGCUCAUUCCACAUAGUGGAUCUAUUAGUUACAGAGAAAGCCACAAUCAAUACUUAUUAUACAACACGAGACAUCAUGCUGAUCGUUAUCCUUCUUUAACCAACGCGCAAAUCAGUGAAAUAUCAAAAGGUGUUCAGAAAUUGAAUAAAAUCCUUGAAACAUGCUCUGAUACAUCAAAUUAUGGGAAGGAUUCAAUUCAAAUUGGAAGGGAAUUGUUGAAAGGGGCCACGAAUUUGGAUGACUCGUUGAAAAUGCUUGUCAUCCUACAAGAGGGUUCAGAUUGCAUGGUCAGCUCUCAAGGGAGGCAGGCCAGACUGCUGAAGGGCAUGGAAGAAGAUGAAUCAUCCAAUGUCGAAGUAAACAAGAACACUCCAAUGUACAAGCCCAGGAUUUCUUUUGAUGGGUCCACCAAACACUUCGCUGAAUUGGCUAAAGCAAGCGAUGAUACCAUUAUUCAAAGGCAGAGAUAUUUGACCUCAUCUUACAUCGGAAGUAGUAUGACUAAUUCAAAUUAUAAAGAGAUCUCAUUAGAUGCAUCUAUAAAAUUCACUACGCACAGAAGGUCUCUGAGUUGUGGUCCUGGUUCCAUGCCUGAUUCCCCGUAUUCAGGCAUUAGGCACAAACAUGACCAUGGUGAUGAACUCGGGAACUUCUCAAUCACUAAUGGCAAGUCCUCAACUUCAAAGAGCAUCAGACAGUUGGAUCCUAGAAGCCCUAUAAAUGGCAGUGUAAGAAUGCCAAAUGUCGUUGCUAAACUUAUGGGCCUCGAAGAACUUCCAACACUAAAGGCUGAGGUGAAAAAAGUCAAAGGAAAAAAGGACAAGUCUGAGAAAGAGAUGGCAAUAGGCCAAGUAGCAGAUGCAAAAGCACGAAAACAGGUGAUUUCUCCGCAAAGGCACUUCAUGCAGAAUUAUGGAAGGAACAAGAUUCUAAAUGAAAUAACCAUUGAAGAAACCAAGGCCAAAAGCAGCAAGGAGAAGACAAAUUAUAUGCGGAACAUGACCCCAUUGUCCAAUAAUGCACCGAAGAUACAUCUUGAAAUCAGUAGGAAGACCGAAAACAUUGAUAUCAGCCACAGUUUAAAAGAAGAAAUAGCCGAGAACAAUUUGGUAAAGUUGAUGGAAAGGGUAGACAAAAGAGAAAAAAGAAGCAGAUCUGAAUCAGCAACCCAGGAUAUCAUUCAACCACAUCAAGAAAGAGACCAGCAAAGAACCAAAGAGAAAUCAUCUCAGUGUCAUUACAAUGCAGCUAGCAGUAAAGAUACACUCCUAAACAAGAAGGAUGAACAAGAUCGGUUAGGUCUCGCAAAUAAUCAGACAAAAACCCAGUUGACACAACAAAAAUCAACGGUCCACAUGGUAAAACCCAAAUAUCCAUUUUGUGAAAAAAAAGACCAUGAUGUAGACAGCAAGUUAAAGGUCAGCACAGCAACAAAAAGUGAUUGGAAAUCAAUGACAUCUACUGACAAACUAAGCACGAAUAUGGUGUUGUCUGGUGGCACAGUUGUUGCCAGAGAAGGAAGUUCAGUAAAGGUUGGAAAUUUAGAGCAACCAAAAGAACGUCCAAAGAGCAGCCAUCCAGAAAUGCAAAACACAAUGUACAUAACUUCUGAUCACAUGGAAUUAGGUAAAAUAGCAUAUGAGAACUCGGAUGAUAUGAAGUCCUUACUGACAUAUCCAAGAACUGAUAAAGAGAAGCCCGUGCCUCAAAUUCUGGUGACAGCACUGAUGAAGCCUGUGCAUAUUCCAACUGCAAAGAAGGUAGAUAGAGCAAACAUGAAAGUUCACAGAGGUGAAAGCCAUAAGGUUCAAGGCGACAAUUCUCGGUACAUUAAACGACCAAAUGAAAAAAACCAGCAAUCAUCCUUCUUAAAUGAUCUGGAGAGGAGAUGGAAAGAAAGAAUCAGCAAGGAUAAAAGAGCAACAGUUUGUUCUCAUGAAACAAACUCAGAGCAACAUAUAGACCAGGAAACUAAAUCAACCUUGCUUUCAGAUGAUUCCUUGGUAGAUGAUGGCAAAGACGAAGCAAAAGAGGAGAGGUCAGUUGCGGAGACAAAUUAUGAUGACAAUCAUAAAACAGCUUUUAAAGAUUCACAAGAGAAGGAAGUUCCCCUCGGUGCAGAUUCAGAACUGCGACCUUUCAACUCGAAGGAAAAGCACAACUUGGAGAAAAAGCAGACAGAAGGUGGAACUGAGGACAGGCAGCUCAACAACUGUAACCUUUUAAAGUCGCAGAAUCAGGCAAUAUCUGAAACAAAUGGACAAGGUUCACUUACUGAGGAUGAAUAUAUCCUCAUGCAACUUCUGAUUAAUAAUCAGCAUUUUCGCAACACAGCACAAGCGCUAUUCAAAAUCAUGAUUCCUAAUGAUGUUAUACAAACCAGCAGCCAAGCUGGUCUGAAAGAGGAAAACAAGCCUCUUUUAGAUUGUGGAUAUGAGUUACUGAGGAGAAAAGGGAAAAGAGAGAUGAUUCAUGCCAUGACAAAACCUCACGCACGAGGGAAAGUUAGAUACCUGAAUGCACUGAUGAAGGAGUUGAAUGAAGAUAUUGAGAGUCUUAAGUUCCCCAGUGAGACUAUAAAUAAUGAUAGCACUGCAGAAUUACUUCGCAUGAUGCUCAAGAGAGACAUCGAGGAUAGGAAGCCAGAUAUCAAUUGUAUGUGGGAUAUUGGUUGGAACAACAUUAUAUUUGCAUCUGUUGAAAAGGAUGAAAUUAUAAGGGAUACGGAGAAGCAUGUAUUGAGUGGACUUAUCAGUGAGCUAGCUAGAGAGCUAGUAAAUGCAACCAUCACUGUUUCAUAG